UAGCUGUGAGUGCAAUAGAAAAUAGGCACCUCAAUUCAAAAGAACAACCACGCCAGUCGUUGUCAAUGCCAUGAAAGCCACCUCAACUGUGCUUGUCUUGGUCGGUCGUUAGAGCAUGUGCAUGUGUGAAAAGGCUUGCCCUGAAUUGCUCAAGAGUGUAACUGAUUACACUUUCCGAAACGGAGCAACUAUCCUUAAAUAGCGGACACAUUCGAGGGAGAUCUCGUUUUAUUUGGUUGAGAAUCGUUUACGUUAGAAAGAACCCCAUGGAACGAAUGGAAGACAUGUUCCUCGAUUUUAGAAAUUCCACCGUAGGAGAUACGUUUGUCAAUCUCUCGAUUGUUUGCCCGGAAAAAGAACGUGAUUUUUCCCACGUGUCGGUGAAAUUUCAAGAAGCUUUUGGAGUGUCGGUGAAGAAGGUCUUCACCAAAGAUUCAAUCCCUAUGAGUGUUGAUAAUAAUGGACGCAAUUGUUUCGUCAAUGUUUUGGUUGAAGGCCUUCGAGCCGCACGAAAAUAUGACAUUUGCCUUCGCUUAACUGGAAACUCCGGAAUGAACUACGGAUCCCAUUGUGAAAUGAUGACAACUACUGCUGGCUUUCCUAACGAUGGCAUCUCAGUCAAUAUGGAGGGCGUGGCCUUGAUCGUGCUGACCGCUCUUGGACUACUUUUCGCUCUGAUGGCAUGUGUAUUCCAUGAGAAGUUCAUUGCCCAAAGUGUGAGUGAUUGCCGCCAUAACGUGACUAAAUACUGGAGGAGAGGCCAAGACAGAAUCUCCCAAUCGCUGAAAGCGCCAGAAAAGCCACAGAGGAGUGCUACUUUAAACCCCGCUGGACCUCUGAAUACCUCCAAACAAUCUGCAUUGAGUCCCAAGAGACCGAAGCCAAAUGAAACUGGGAAAUGUAGCUUGGAAGCAAAUGCGAUAGAGGAUGGCGAUGCCAUUCGAAAAGCCCUGACAGAGAGGCCUCAAUUACUUAACCCGUCAACUUUCCCGGACACUACAGAUGAUUUGACAAUACGAGAAGUUCUUAAUGCUCGACCUACAAUAAUGAAGCAAAUGAGACCACACAAAGAUGCUCCCUCUCAUGAACCAGGAUCAUUCUAUAACCAAGGUUUUCAAGAUGAGUACAACCGAUUCUCAUCGGCACCGGGACGGUCGUUAUCUUGGUCAAAGGAGGUGCACACGUACCCUGAUUAUCAUGGUCAGUUUAGACCUGCGCAACGAAACAAGUUAAUGUCGCGUUUCGGCCAAUAUCCUCAUGAAGGCUCAUUUUAUGGCCGUGGAAAUUACAGCUUUCCUGAUGAGACAAAUCCUCGCCUUUCCAACAGAAAUGAAACGAUUCGAUCCGACUUUGAUGAUGUUUCCUUAUAUGAGAGGCAAAGGAGGGUUCGGUUUUAAUUUGAUUGCUAUCUGAAUACAAAAAUGGGUUUGUAAUAUUUUCCAAG